AUGGACCCCAAACCAAACGAGCUGGCCAUCGCCAAAUCCCCAUCGGCAAACCACAUUGAGCAAUCCGCCGACGUAGACGAAGCCAUCAAAGUCUCGGUCGACUACCAAGAUCUCACGCCUAAGCAACAAUAUCAGCGCCUUUGGGCAAACCUCAAGAAAGACAAGCGAUAUGUUUUCUGGGCUCUUUACGUCAUGUCCCUUGUCUUCGGAUGGGGGUAUGAUUCCGGCCUCUCGGGUGUAGCCAUUGCAUUUCCCGAGUUUCGGAAAGUCUAUGGCGAGUACUACAAAGCGGGAGACCAGUUCGUCAUCCCUGCCCUUUGGCAAUCUUUGUGGAACGCUGCCAGCACCAUUGGACAGGUUUUGGGAGCCUUCCUCACAGGCCAAUUCGCGGAUUACGUCGGCCGAAAAUACGUGCUGUGGACCGCCGUCGUUCUGUCAUGGGCGGCAUCGUUCGCUCUUGUAUUUGCCCCAAGCCUGCCCGUUCUUUUCGUCUCUAAGCUUCUCCUGGGACUUUCAGUCGGUCUGUCGACAGCCACUCCUCCACUCUACGUCACCGAGAACGCGCCCGCCGCCCUCAGAAGCUCCCUCAGCUCCUUGACAAACGUCGUUAUCGUUCUCGGAUUCUUCCUCUCCUCAAUCACCGGAUGGGGCUCAUCCAAGAUUGCUGGGCCGUGGAGUUACCGGUUGGCGUUUGUAAUGACAUUUCUUGUGCCGACCCUUUUCUCAAUUGGUCUUCCAUUCCUGCCUGAAUCCCCUGUGUGGUAUGUCAAGAAGGGCAGAGAUGACGAUGCUCGCAAAGCCAUUUUCAAGUUGUACGGCAAACACGUCGACGUCGAAGAGAGGUUGAACUUCAUCAAGUCAGAACUUGAGACGGAAGCAGGAGAAGCAAGCAUGGCUAAGCAGACAAGCUGGGCAGCUAUUUUCACAAAGGAGAACCGCUACAGAACCCUCGUUGCUGUUCUAGGCCUUCAGUCGCAGAACUUUUCUGGUGGCUACUUUGCAAACACGUACCAGACAUACUACUUUGAACUAAUUGGCCAGUCCGAUCCGUUCGGACUCACCGCCAUCUCUUCCACCCUGCAAUUCCUCUCCAACUGCGUCGCCGUUACCGUCUCGGACGUCUUGCCUCGUCGGAAGUCUCUUGUCGGCGGCGGCACACUGCUCUGCUGUUGGUCCCUCAUCAUUGGCGGAACUUCCCUCGCCGGAACCAGCAAUCAAGCGGCGAACAUGGCCCUCCUUGCCUUCAUGAUCACCUGGUCGAUGCUCUACACUGCGACGGUCGGAUGUUUUGGCUGGGCUGUUGCUCAAGAGACCGCCUCUCAAGCGACGAGACCCAAGACAAUUGCCUUUACUUUGGUGUGCCAACAGCUCACGGCUCUCAUGUUGUCUUCAGUCUUUCCGUUCUUCAUCAACCCGGAUCAGCUGAACUGGGGCGGCAAGGUUAUGUUCUUGUUCGUUGGCGCGGAGGUCUUUAUUCUUGGCCUGCUGUUCUGGUUCCAACCGGAGACCAAGAACCGAACAUAUCAGGACAUUGAUUUCCUUUACUCACAGGGAGUUCCACCCAGAAAGUUUAGCAGUUAUGUCGUGGAUAACGGGGUUCUUGUAGAGAAGAAGCACCUGUAA